GUCAACGUGGAGAUACGAUGCAAAAUUCUGUUUCAUUUCAAUCCUUCUAAGGUUAGACUGAAUUCGUCAUAUCAUAAUGAACAUUAUUAUUGCAUCAUAAUUGGAAUUAGGACGAUAAUUUCUUCUUUCCCAACUGCGUGGAAGCAACCCAACUUGCAGAACCGCCAUUGAAACACCUCCAAGAGUUGACCUUUUCCCCAUCCUUAAAUCCAAAACCCAACAAAAACUGCAGAAAAUUUCUUUCUUUUUUCCCAGAUCGGCCUCUGAAUCCAGACACCAACACAUGGAGUCCCGAAUCCAAGUCCUUGUCUUGCUCUUAUGUCUCUCUUCCUUCGCCGCGACAACAAUGGCGCAGCAACCUUACGUGGCAACAGCGACAACGGAUUGCUCCAUCUCCGACAACUCAACCUCUGUGCUGGGUUACUCUUGCAAUGGCCUCAACCGCACUUGCCUUGCUUACGUCAUUUUCCGUUCCCGACCUCCCUUCUCCUCCGUCUCCGCGGUCUCUUCCCUCUUCGCCGCCGACUCAUCUCUCGUCUCCGCCAUUAACGCCGUCUCUGAGUCCGACACGUUUUCUCCCGACAAACAAGUCAUCGUCCCUGUCUCCUGUUCUUGCUCCGGAGAUUAUUCUCAGGCGAACAUCAGUUACACGGUUCAGCAAGGUGAUUCCUAUUUCAUCGUAGCGAACGACACGUUACAAGGGCUGUCGACAUGUCAGGCGAUGGAGAAACAGAACAGCGUGUCUGCUAGGGCGCUGUUCCCAGGUAUGAGGAUCGUUGUCCCUCUUCGAUGCGCAUGUCCCACCGCCAAACAGGUUCGUGACGGUGUGAACUAUCUUCUGAGCUAUACGGUGGCUUUCGGCGAUUCAAUUAUGGCGGUUUGCCAGAGAUUCGGGGUCGACACAAGCAAAACCCUAGAAGCUAACGAGCUGUCUUUACAGAAUUCGGAGAUUUUCCCUUUCACGACCCUUCUGAUUCCAUUACAGGAUCCUCCUUCAAGCACCGGAGCGGCGGGUCCUCCUCCUCCGCCGGUUUCACCGCCAGCUUCGCCGCCGCCCCGGAACGGACAGAGCUCGAACAGAACAUGGGUUUAUGUUCUUGUCGGCGUACUUGCAGGUGCUGCAGUUUUAGGCGGAUUGAGUGUCGCCAUUUUCUGUUUGGUUCCCAGGAAAACGAGGACAGAGGAGAAAGCAGAAACCUUGGAGGGGAGUGACAAUAACAGCUGCGAAGCGAAAAAAACACCAUUCUCGGAUCAAAAAACCGAUCCAGACGAAAUGUUGAAUAGCUUGUCAAGCGUAAUUGCUGAAUCCCUGAAAGCGUACAAGUUUCAGGAACUCCGGUCAGCAACCGCAGAUUUCAGCCCGUCGAGCUCAAUCGGAGAAUCCGGAUACCUCGGAAGAAUCAAUGGCGAUUAUGCAGUGAUCAAGAAAAUCGACGGAGAUGUAUCGGAGGAGAUAAACUUGCUGUCCAAACUCAACCAUUUCAACAUCAUCCGCCUCUCUGGGUUCUGUCUCCACAAUGAUGACUGGUACUUAGUGUACGAACACGCUUCAAACGGAAGCUUAAGCGACUGGAUUCAUGACAGGAGCCAUGGUUCUGUACGGUUCUUGAGCUGGACACAGAGAAUGCAGAUUGCAUUGGGCGUGGCGACAGGGCUUAACUAUUUACACAACCAGACAGAUCCACCGUAUGUCCACAAGGACAUAAACAGCAGGAACAUCCUCCUCGACACAGAUUUCAGGGCAAAGAUUGUGAAUUUCCAGCUCGCGAGAUCGACAGAAGGGGCAAACGGGCAAGAUCUUAUACUGACAAGGCACGUCGUCGGAACACAAGGGUAUCUCGCUCCAGAAUACUUGGAACACGGGUUAGUCUCGACGAAACUGGACGUCUACUCUUUUGGAGUUUUGCUGUUGGAGAUUUUCACGGGUAAAGAAGCUGCAGAACUAAACAAGCAGAUAGACAUGGCUAAUCGGAUGAAUCAAGAAGACGAGAUAUACCGGUUAUGGGAGCAGCUCAUCGACCCUUCUCUUCAAGGCAUCUACCCGGUCGAUCUUGCGAGAUUCUUUGUCAGAUUGCUCGUGAAUUGUCUGCAGAAAGAUCACGUGAGCCGCCCAUCAAUGGAGGACAUCGCUCAGUCUUUCUCCAGGAUCUUGAUGGCUUCACUGACCUGGGAAUCAUCAUACAAUCUCUCCGGGCAACCGAGUACUUAAACAAGAACUAAAUCAGAUC